AUGGAACUGCCACCUGUGCUGCAAGCCUCGAAGCGAGCUCUCCUAGCUAGACCAGCUGUGAGCCGAGUUCUACUCUAUAGCAGACAGCCAUGUCUUCGCCUACACGCACCUAUAACGCGAUGGAACUCCACAAAGGCUGAUGUCUCAACACCUUUUCCGGUCUUUCGAGAUGUACCGCCCCUUCGACAAGUACGCAAGAAAAUGUUUCGAGAAGGCAAAGAGGUGGGCUUCGUCGCUACGAUGGGGGCACUGCAUGAGGGCCACCUCUCCCUGGUGAAGCAUGCUCUACAAGAAAACACGGAUGUAUUUGUGUCCAUCUUUGUCAAUCCCACCCAAUUCGCGGCGCAUGAAGACCUGGACUCGUAUCCGAAGACAUGGGAGGACGAUCUGCAGAAACUCAAACAAAUACAGGAUGAGCAUGCAGCUUCGGCAGGGCCAAAUUCAGGAUCUAAAAUCAGAGGCAUCUUUGCCCCUACUGUAAAGGUCAUGUACCCAACUCUCCCACCAUCGUCAGAUAUCGCAGGUCAUGGAUCUUUCGUGACCAUCACACCAUUGGGCAAUCAACUGGAAGGCAGUUCCCGCCCCAUCUUCUUUCGCGGCGUGGCGACCGUGUGCACGAAGCUGUUCAAUAUCAUCCAAGCCGAUCGUGUGUAUUUUGGUCAAAAAGAUAUUCAGCAAUCGGUUGUGAUCAAACGCAUGGUAAAAGACUUUCAUAUUCCCACAGAAGUGCGUGUCAUACCGACCAGCCGGGAGGCAGACGGUCUGGCAAUGAGCAGCCGGAAUGUUUAUCUCGGAGAGCGAAGGAGAGAAGAUGCCGUCGUGCUUUCCAAGGCACUCUUCGCCGCAAGAGAUUUAUAUAACUCUGGUGAACUCAGCGGCAAGAAAAUCAGAGAUGCUGCGUACGAGGUCUUCGCCCAGGAGUCGAUGCUGAGAAGGAAAGAUGGCAAGUUAGGAGGAAGUUGUCAGAUUGAGAUCGACUAUAUCGCAUUGAGCGAACCGCAGAAUAUGGCUAUGAUCCCAGACUUUGCCAAAGUUGAUCCCAGCCAAGGGGCUAUUCUCAGUGCUGCAGUAUAUGUACAGCCAGUCGACGAGCCCAGGACUGAGAAGGAAGUCGGGCAGAGGGUAGUGAGGUUGAUCGAUAAUGUCAUCUUGGAGCCACGAGAGAAGGCCUCAUAA